CCAUACACUUUCGUCCACGUGCGUCGGCACGUUAAGGGCUUUGCUUUGUCGGAAGUGGAUCACUUUGCUGUGUGUAGUCCUCGGCUCGUCACCAGUGUGGUUUCCUCACAGAUUUGAAGGCGCAUUUAAAUCUCCAGGUUAAGUCAUGCCAUCAGUUCCCUCAUCCAAAGAGACCACCGUCAAGAGCCCCGUGUGCCCACAUGCUGGAAAGCUGCAAAGCUUCAGCAACGGAGACAAAAAACUCAACAACGCAGCUGACAACCUGAACACAGAGGAGGGCUCGCAGGAGUCGACCAAAACCAUACAAAUCACAACAAAGAACUCUUCUCCCGAAAGGAAAUGGAUCCGGCCCGACCUUCCCAGCCGCUGCACAUGGAGCCUGGGAGCCUCGAAAGCCGACUCCCCUCACACGCAAGUCCCAAGAACCGUCACGCCAGCCAUUCUGCCAAACAUCCUGCACAAAAUCGGUGACACUCCCAUGGUACGCAUCAACAACAUCCCCAAAGCCUUUGGACUCAAAUGCGAAAUAUUGGCCAAGUGCGAGUUCUUCAAUGCAGGCGGCAGCGUCAAGGACAGGAUCAGUCUGCGGAUGGUGGAGGACGCAGAGAGAGCCGGUAUUCUCAAGCCUGGAGACACCAUCAUAGAGCCCACCUCUGGAAACACUGGGAUCGGACUCGCUCUGGCUGCUGCAGUGAAGGGCUACCGUUGCAUCAUAGUCAUGCCGGAGAAGAUGAGCAUGGAGAAGGUGGACGUCUUGAGAGCUCUUGGAGCGGAGAUCGUUCGGACACCCACCAGCGCCCGUUUCGAUUCGCCAGAGUCUCAUGUAGGCGUUGCCUGGCGCCUCAAGAACGAGAUCCCCAACUCGCACAUCCUGGACCAGUACCGCAACCCGAGCAAUCCUCUGGCUCACUACGACAUCACGGCCGAGGAGAUCCUGGAGCAGUGCGAUGGUAAAUUGGACAUGCUGGUGACCGGUGCAGGCACUGGGGGGACAAUCACAGGCGUCGCCCGCAAACUGAAGGAAAAAUGCCCAAACAUCAAAAUUGUUGGUGUUGAUCCUGAAGGUUCAAUCCUGGCUGAGCCCGAGGAGCUUAACAAGACCGACAAGACCCAGUACGAGGUAGAGGGCAUCGGGUACGACUUCAUCCCCACCGUGCUCGACAGAUCAGUGGUCGAUACGUGGUACAAGUCCAACGAUGAGGAGUCCUUCAACAUGUCUCGUAUGCUGAUCAGAGAGGAAGGCCUGCUGUGUGGAGGCAGCUCUGGGACGGCCAUGGCAGCAGCUGUGCAUGCUGCUAAAGACUUGAAGGAGGGCCAGCGCUGCGUGGUGAUCCUGCCGGACUCCAUCCGCAACUACAUGUCAAAGUUCUUGAGUGAUAAGUGGAUGGUCCAGAAGGGCUUCUUGAGGGAAGAGGACCUCAUGGUGAAGAAACCAUGGUGGUGGAACUUGAAGCUGCAGUGCUUGAACCUGUCAGCCCCGCUCACCGUCCUGCCUACCGUCAGCUGCCAAAAGACCAUCAAGAUCCUCAAGGAGAACGGCUUCGACCAGGCACCUGUGGUCGACGACACAGGGUUGAUCUUGGGCAUGGUGACUUUAGGGAACAUGCUGUCCUCGAUCCUUGCAGGAAAGAUCAACUUGUCAGACCCUGUCAGCAAAGUGAUCUACAAGCAGUUCAAACAGAUCACACUGACUGAUAACUUAGGAAAGUUAUCCUCGAUUUUGGAGAUUGAUCACUUUGCCCUGGUGGUACAUGAACAGAUCCAAUACUUGACCGACGGCUCUCACAGUCUGAAGCAGAUGGUUUUCGGGGUGGUGACGGCCGUCGACCUGCUCAACUUUGUCACAGCCCGGCAGCGCACCAUGUCAGAAUCCACCGAUGAAGUGUGAAUGGUUGAAGCUGGAAAAAGACACUACAGGCUUUUGCAUUUCUUUAACAUGACAAACACAAUGACAUUAGUUUAGUGUCUCACAGAUGUCAGAUUUUUUUUUUUUCCUUGUAGUUUUUGGGUGAAGUUGGCUUUUAUUUUUCUCUCUGAAAACGUUUGAAUCCUUUUUGUUUGCUUGAACUUGAGUCUUAAAUUAUAAUAAGCAAAAUACUUUGUGCCACUGUGAGCUUACGAUGGAGGUUAUUAUUGCUUAAGCUUGUAGUUCUCAGAGCUUUUCAAAGUUUUGUUACCAUGUCGACUUCUUUUAUUGUUUUGUAUCAGAGUUGAAGACUUGCUGCGAUUUUUAUUUAGCUGAAAAAGAAAUGAUUGUAUCACUGAGGCCUUGUGUAUCAGACAGAAGUGCACAAAAGCCACAUUCACCUCAUUUAACAUAAUUAUAUAAAUGAGGAGGUUGUGUGUGUGUGUGUGUGUGUGUGUGUGUGUGUGUGUGUGUGUGUGUGUGUGUGUGUGUGUGUGUGUAUAGGCAUAUUUUCAUGAAUGUUCACUCUGCUGCUUUCAUAUUUGUGCGUACACAAAAAAAUCACUGUAGGGUAUUAAAUCUGAAAAUCAUGAUGUUCCACAAGUGUAAAGUAGUCUGGACUACCUAAUCUUCUUUUCUACUGCUUCAUUUUUCCUUAAUGAAUGUAUAAGACUGAAUAAAAA